AUGCAUAAGUAGAGCUCGAAUAAUUUGAGACUUAAGUUAUCUCCUAAGAUCGAACCUAAGUUCAAGCAAUCCAAGAAAGUCAAAGACUACAACAGUUUAGGCAAAGUGCCAAGCUAAUAACAGGGAGUAAAAUAAUCUAUUUUAUACAAAGAUCACUUCUAAAGACAGCAAAGCAAGGACAUAAAGGUGGUGAAGUUAAACAUAGAGGACUUUAAAAUUCAAAAUAUAAAUAAUAGUAUCAUGUCUUCUCAAAGUGAUAAUAAUUCUAACCCUCCUCCUGUUUCAAAGCAUAAGAGACUUAACAAGUCUAUGUUUGAGGAAGAACUUCAAAGUGUAGUUCAUAUGACUACAGAAAAUGAUGCUAGUCCUCGUGGCUUAAAUACAAGCAAUAUUUCUUCUUAGUAACCUAAUAAGCUAUUCAAAUCUUUUAUUGAUACUUAUGUGAGCGAGCGUAAAAAAUACUUUAAGUUUACUGAAUUCAAAGAGCUUACUCUUUCUAAUAAUCAUUAAAGUUAACUCGGGUAGUUCAAAUAAAUAAGAGAUUAGACUAAGAAAUAGCAAGAGAGUCCUAAUAUAGCUCAGAUCAAGCAUGAUAAGAAAUCACCUAAACUAUAAAUUUAAUUACCUAAUGAAGGGGAUUAGACUGGGGCUUUUAGUACAAUAGUAAGCCCUAGUACUUAGAAGAUCUCAAGUACUAAAUCGGUACCCUUCAAAUAACUAGAAGGAAGCGGAAAACCUAUCAAAUAACCAAUAAAUAAAACUGAUUAUUCUCCAAAAAGCACUAAUAAGAAAUUUAACUUGGCUGACCAUAUUAGUCUUAAUAGUGCUAGAGGGCCUAGAAGACAAGAAGUUGAUUAAAUAAAAAUAAAAAAUCGUUUGAAUAAAUCUGUAGAUGACGAGAGCCCAGAUCUAAUUACCAAUACCGAAGAAUAGACUAUCAAUGACUGUGGUCGACUUUGUGAUUGUGAGAUAUAGCAAUUUGAUCAUUUAUAAUGUGAAAAUGCUCAAAGAUGGCUGGAUAUUGCUUACUAAGAUGAGUAUGAGUAUGAAAUUUACAAGAAAUACUACGAAGGAUAUAUAAUUAGUGCGCCUAAACUUAAAAAAUUAAGAUCAUCAAUUAAGUAAGAUGUCGAGAGAACAAUGUAAUCUCAUUCCUAAUUUCAAGUUAAGAGCAUAUAAAAAGCAAUGGUAAGAGUCUUAGUAGCUUACGCACAUUUUGAGCCUUAAGUUAGUUAUGUUUAAGGAAUGAACUUCAUAGUAGCUGCACUGAUUUAUCACUCUGGUGAAGUUGCUGCAUUCUGGCUUCUAAUUGCUCUGAUGGAUAGAUACAAACUUAAGCAGGUAUUCAAACAAAAUCUGCCAGGUUUAAUUGUUCAUGAAAAUGCCAUAAAUAAAUUAGGCAAAUACUAUCUGACUGAUUUAUUUGAACAUUUUACUGGAUAUUUCGCAACAGAAUGGAUUAUGAGUUUAUUCUUGAGUAACAUACCAUUAAGAUUCAAUGCUAUUUACUUGAAUAGCUUUUUUGAAAAGAAAUGGAUCACUUUUUAUAGAGUCGCUGUUGCUUUGCUUAAAUAUUACGAAAAGAAAAUUCUUAUCUUAGAUGACUUUCCUUCAAUCCUAGGUUAUAUUAAAUAGGCAAGAGAAGGCUGCGAUUAUCUUCUUCCGAACAAUAUGCCUCUGGACUAGAGCAGCAUGUCCCUUCACAGUUUCAUCACAAUGACCAGAAUGUCCUCAAGAAGUGAUAGUAUUAAUCUGAAAAAGCAUAAAAAGAUGUGGAAAAUUGUAAUUGAAAUGGCAUUAGAUGAGAAUAUAUUCUCUAAUAUGGAGGAUGUACUUGUAAAUCAGGAUGAAACCAUCAUUUAUAAAUACUGA